UGGCGAUGGCGUUGAUGAAUCAUUUCGUAAAGGACACCUUUGCCAAUUGGGUACAUUUCUGGAUCUAAUACCUUUAACAAAGCAGGAUAAUGAUGACAAAAAGACAUCAAAAUUGAACUCUUCAGAGACCUCAAAUUCAACUAAUUCGUCAGAUUCAGUCGAUUCAUCUAGUUCUUCAGAAGACAUAAAAUUGGAAUCAGAAGUUGAUGAUGAACCUUAUUUAGAUUUUAUAUUAUCUGACGAAGAAUCUAUGUUAAAUAAUGAAAGUAAAGAUUCUGAAAAUUCUGAUGAUAACAAAGGAGAUUUUUUUCAGAAUGAACGAUUUACAGCUUCUAAUUGGAAUAAUUUUGAUGACAGUAAUGAUUUUACAUAUCUUAAUCCAAUAUUAAAAGAUGUUGAUUUAAGGCGAUUUCAUAAAUUCCCAUCCUCAUCUCACAAUGCAAAGAAAUUGUUACAAAUUGAAAAGAUUGCAAAAAUAUAUACCGUAUAUCCAAAAUGUAACAAAUUACAUAAUUGUGCAGAAAUUUCAGAAGACAAUAAAUGUAAAUUUGUUAAGUUUCUUAAUCAUCCAAUGAAGAAACAUCAGGCAGAAUGUGGAAUGACAGAGCUACUUAGAUUACCUUAUUUCAAUCCAAUUUGGUAUUGUGUUAUAGAUCUUAUAUAUAACCUGUUCUUGGAAAUCGCCAAUUGGAUUGUAAAAAGGUUGUGGAUCGAUGAUGAAAAAAUAUCCAAAGAUGAUCUUGAAUUAAUGGAAAAACGUUCCAAAGCAAUUAAAAUUUUAGCUGAUUUAGGACGGAUUCCUAAUAAAAUUGCUACGAGUGAAGGCUUUUCUGGAUUUACUGCUGACUAA